UCUACAUAAACAAUCUCCAACAAAAUGCCAGACCCAAACGCUUUCUGGAUAGUGGCAUUCAGACCAGAUUCAGAUGAUUCUGUUAGUGAUCUCACCGAUCGACUGGGUUCUCUUACUAUCACAACAAAGUCAUCAAAUUCAUCCAAUGGAUUACCUUUAAUCCAAAUCACAACUCCAGAUUUCAAGACCGCACCACUCUCAACCUUGAUCAAUCUAUCAGAAAUUCUCGCCAAGAAUGAACCGAUCGCUAAUCAGACCCUUCUCAAGAUUCUAGAUACUCUUAAAUCUCUGAACUCAUCUAAACCUGCCUCAUUAGUUCGAGCUGCAUCGACUAACCCAUCUGGUUCUACUCGAACAAACGCUCAAGUUGAUGAUGAUCUGAUCAUGGAAGAUGGAAGGUCUUAUGAAGAUUAUCUUUUGAAGAAAUGGGAAUGGAAUCGAGUCAAAUAUAACCGAGUCGAAAGUCGAAAGUUGGAGGAUUUAGUCGAAAGCCUUACAAAGGAAAUCUUAGCCAUUGAUAAUUCACAUAAGCUUAAGUUGAAUACUUAUAAUCAGGCAAAGGCUCAAUUCAGUGCCACUCAGAGACAACAGGCGGGUAAUUUGUCAGUCAGGAGUUUGAGUGACGUAGUAACUCGUGAACAUUUUGUUGAUCAAGAUUCAGAAUAUUUGCAAACUUUGAUAGUUGCGGUUCCAAAUAAUCAGGUGAAAGAAUGGAUGAACUCUUAUGAGAGUUUAACAGCGCUAGUCGUACCGCGCUCUUCGACAAAAAUCACCCAGGAUUCAGAAUACACCCUAUUCAAUGUAGUCGUGUUUAAGAAGAUCAAGGAUGACUUCUCGCAUAAAUGUAGAGAGAAGAAAUUUAUAGUGAGAGACUUUGUGAUGGAUGAGAGCGAGAUUGAAAAGAGUCGGUCAGAAGCUAGGCAGUUGGAACAACAAGAGAAAGAACUUUGGUCUGAGCUAUUAAGACUUUCAAGAAUCAAUUUCUCAGAAACAUUCCAAGCCAUCGUACACCUCAAAGUGAUCCAAACCCAUAUUGAAUCUCUCUUAAGAUACGGUUUACCAGCUCAUUUCCUCACUUUGAUCCUCAAACCUGAUUCUAAGAAUUCUAAGAAGAUUCUAAAUCAGUUAUUAGCUUAUCAAGACUCAUUAGAAUCUAAUUCUAAACAAGAUGUUAAUCGAAGAAAAGCUAAUUCAAAGGCUCUUGAAAAUGAAGAAGCGAUUGGAGGUGAGUAUGCAAGUGUACUUGAUAAGGAAGUCUUUGAGUUUGUUUUGUUUGAAAUCAUUGAUCCUAGGAGGGAGUCCAAGGACAUUUAGUAGUACGACGAUGGUCUAGUUUUCAUUAUCAUUGUUUUUUCAUCUAAUUUUUUGCUGUAGAGUCCCUUUGCUUGUUAUCAAUCUUAGUUUUCUUUCUUUCUAGACGUGUUGCCUCUUUAUGAGAUGGUUCUUUUUCCGCUUACGUAUUCUCAGCAUUCUUCUAUCUUAUCAUUCAUCUGUAUGAAUGAAUAAUUCCCUUGCUUAUUGUUUUUUUCACUUUUUCAAGUGUUGCGGUGUUGGGAUGUGUGGUGGAUGAUGAGAUUCUAUAAUAGACUACAAUGUAAAUCUUGAGGACUUUCUACUAUUUUGAUUGAUGGUGGGAGUGC